UUUUGCCGUUGGAUGCCUGCGCUCUCAGCCUGCGUUGCGUGCCUGUGUCGAUUUAUCGAGCUGCACUCUUUGGCACUGCAGCUCAUGCUCAUGCUCAUGCUCAUGCUCCCUCCUGCACGCAAAAAAGUAACCUCGCACUACGGUACUGCCUUACCUUGCCUUGCUGCCUUGCCUGGCUCCUUGAAGAAGGAUAAAUUUGGGGCUUAUGAUUGAAUAUUGUAUGAUUGUUGGAUGUGAUGCUCAUGUCUACGGCGAGGGGACGACUAGUGCCAAUCUAAUCCGAUUUGGUUGGCGCUUCUGAUAGGUGAUAGCCAGCGAAACCCAACCUGACCGGAAUCCCUCGCUUGAACCUUUUCCACUUACCUCCGGCGUUCUGCGUCUGCGUCUCAUUAGCGCUCCCACUCCAUUCCCUCGCUCGCGCUGAGGCCUUCCCUUCCGACUUGCUCCUUCUCCCUCAACCAUUCAAUUCUUCAAUCAACUCUACAAUCAACUCUACAAUCAACUCUCAACUCCCAACCUCUUCUUCCUCUACCAACAUUAUCGAGGCAAUAGAAACCCCGACUUUCAUUGAAUUUCAAUUCAUCUUGCGAUACGAUACAGCUUCGCAAACUCUCCAACACAAAGCCAUCACCAGCAUGGAUGGAGUAGAGCCGACCCUUUCGUCGGACGGCUCCUUGACCAGUCAAAGCACGGCGAGCAUGGAGUUGGAUGCCUUUGAGCAGAAUACGCCUGCUGAAAUUAGAAGUCCAACCCCGUAAGUCUCCUUUUUUUCUCUUCGCUUUUUUCUGCGCUGUUAUGGCAAAACUCUUCCCGUUCAAAGCUCGCGAUCCUUUCACUCCCUUUGGAAACCCGCGAGAGCUUCAUUUCUUCUGCUUUUCAUCGCGUUUUUUCUUUCCUUGCCAUCCAUCACCUUUCCCGUUUGAGGUUGGUUGCGUGUCCUCUUGACAUUACCAACAUUUUGGAUUAUCGCUCCCUUGCAGGCUUCUAGCAUAACUGCGCCUUGCAUAGCGACCGACCAACCCAACACCACGCGCAAUGCAUAAGCGAUUCUGCUUUCGAUUCCAGUCAUCGCUUGCUGCACAAUUCUGGUCGCGUUCUUUCUGUCAUUUUUUCUCUUACCACUCAUCAUUUGUCAUGAUCACCGAUUUCUUUCGUGGUUUCGCAUUACCUUGACACGUGUUGGGGCGAUGCCUUGCUUUUUCGUUACUAAGCUCCAUCGAUGCUUGAAACCACAAGCACCUGCUAAAAUCAGUUACCAAAUUUCAGGAUUUCCGGAUCAUCUCGGGUCACUCCGGCUCGUGAGGUUGAGGGCGAGCGCAUCAUCGUCGAUGGUCCCUCUCUAGAUCAAGACAACUCACCACCCGCCAUUUUGCUCAACCCCGAAGAGGACGAAGAUGAAGAUGUCGUCACACCGUUGCACAAGAGAAAGCGCACAUCCAUUAAUUACAAUCUCGACAAUGAUUCUGUCAGCUUAGACAAAGCCCGUGCUCCAGAAGAGAUUGAGCCAAUUCAAAAGAAACCACGAAAUCAGGCAAAAGUUCGAGGAGUCAUCAUUGGCGUGUGGCGUGAUUCCAGCGAGCCCAAUGAUGCUGACAAACACGUAAUUUAUGGCUUCAUCGAUAUUCACGAUAGGCUUCGAACUCGUAUCUAUGGCAUGAACCGUAGAGGCGAAGAGCUUAUUGGUAAUAUUCCUCUUGGUGCUGGUGGAUGCUGGGUCACCUUUCCAAGAAUCGUCUUCGAUUCUCACCUGGCAGAGCUCUCUUCCGCCGAAGUGAAGGAAUAUGUCAAGAUUCGUUCUGCAACUAAGACAGAAGUAACGGCAGAAGAGCGCCAAGAAGCCGAAGCCAAGGCUGUCUUAAAGGCCAAGCAAAUAGUAGUUGAGGAUACUGCAUCACCUGGAAGCAAGCCAAUCGUCCAUCGUCCUUCCGUUGGUCGUACAACCCACCGUCACUCGCUACCACGUCAAUCACUUAGCAAGACCAACAGCUUUCAAGCUGUUAAUGCUGCCAAUAUCCAGACCCCCAAAGCUUCUCCAUUCAGCGAAGGAAAACCACAUGGCGUGAUGUUGGGUUAUUGGGCUGAUUCUACUGAACCUCUUGUAGAAGAUAAGCAUGCCGUGUUUGGUGUUUUAAGUGGAACAGAUUGCUUUCGCGUCAAGGUUCAAAGAGUCACUCGAGAUGGUCGCUAUGUAGAUGGCAAUUUCCCAGUUGGAGCUGGAGCUCUAUGGCUUCACUACGACAAAGUUGUUUUUGAACCACACUUAUCGACAAUGACACGACCUGAGGUCAAGGAGUAUUGCCGAAUUCGUCAAAAGGAGCUUGACAGAGAUACCGAUAGUACUCGCAUGGAAAAUGAGUUGAAGGCUGUCGAAAGAGCCAAAGCCGUUGUCGCUUCCGAAGGUCUCAACAACGGAGUUGACAACUCGCCUCGACCGCCUCCACUUGAGAUGGAGACCAGACACAGUUCUCGAUCCGAGCAAAAGACUCAUGCCAGACAACAAGCUGAGGCUGAUGCAGCAAUGGAGAAGGCUCGAAAGGAGAAGACCCAAGCCAUUGAAAGACAACAUGAGAAGACUCGCAAGGAGGUAGCUCUCUCGGAAAGUCUUGUCCAAGAGGCUGCCAAGAUGGAGUUAAACAAUAAUCUUAAAAAGUUGAACAAAGUUUGGGUUGCUCAACAAAAUGCCACGAUCCCAAAAAGUUCCGGCUCAGUUGCCAGUGCCUCGGAUGAGGUCAGAUAUCACAAUGGCAUCAAGUACGAGAGAAAGCAAAAUGGUCCUUUUCAAGGAAAGCUUGUCAGUGCUCCUCAAAUCUUCACCAUCGAAGGAGAGGAUUAUGUUGAGUAUCGAGUUUUGACAAAACCGUCCUUUGCCUAGAAGAUGUAUUCGAUUUGACGAAGAAUCGAUCGCUUCAAAUGGCUGCAUUGGUAUUCGAAAUUACGUGCUCGGGAGAAGUGGUUUGUAUGGAUGUAAGACUCAUUACGGCUUGUUCAUGGAUAUUUUCUUUUCUGCUUGGUUUCUGUUACAUAUGGCGUUCUUGUACACAAAUUACUACUCGCAUUCGUGUGCGGUACGCCACACACUUUUCCUUUUUUUUCAUCUUUUCUUUUUCUUUCCUCAGAACGGAAUUACUAGCUCUUGUUUGUUUGAUGGCUUUGAGGGAAUCACUUGCGAGGGACGGGACAAAAUUGAAAUUGACACUGGCAAAUGGAGCACACGAUGCUGAGGGAGCGAAAGGGAGGGAAGGUGUUUACUAGACAAUUCGCGCUGCUGUUGAAAACGAUAUCCCGAUUUCGCAAGGAAUUAAUGAGAUGUCGUGUAAUGGACGUUGUGGAGGGAAUGGGAACAAUUAAUUUCUUAUCUACUACGUUCUUGCCUUACUAACGGUUUGAUAUGGU